GGUCCUCGUGAGAUAAGAUAGACAGCUUGACAGAUUUUUUUUUGUCUCAUCCUUCCCAUGAGGCAAUCUUAUCUCUAGGCCAUGCUCACCGAUGGCAUCCCAAGAGUCCAGAUGCCACCCGCCUCCUCAGUCUGGUCCAUUUAUUGUCCUGACUUGGGCUCGAUUUGAUUUUAGAUAAGGCUUGGACCUGGAAGAUAAUACCAAGAUUGCUUGGUAUAUAAAUAAUCUUGCUGCUGAAGAACAGUUACCGCAGCUGCUGCUACUAGUUAUUGCAAUUUGCAUGGUUCUAUUAGGCUAGCAAUACAACAAAAGAAAAUCCAGCCAUCCAUCCUCUUCUAUCCUACUUUUACUACAGGUUAUCGCGACAACCAGCUAGGAGGCAUUUUUAUCAGGAGAACGUUCUAGAAGAUGGUAGAAUGAAUGAAGACGGGAAGCAAGAUUUUGAUUUUCGAUAGGGUUACAGAAGAUUGUGGAGUGGGGCCCCAGAAAACUUGGGAAUCAAGCAGGAGGGGAGUUCAAGCCCCGGUGGAAAAGAGUGAUCCUUUUCUCUCACUUUUUUCCAUUCGAGGUGGUCCGAAUGGUGGGGUCCACCCCCUUCAACUUUCUUCUCAACGAAGUAGUUUCAAUUUUCAAAUGUCAAUAUGCCACAUCAGCACACCGUCUUGUUUCUUUCUACUUUUAACAACUUCUCCUGGAAGGCUAUUGACUCUUUGUUCACAAUACAGAAUCUCUCCAUCUUCCCCAGUAUAUUAUAUAAACACACACACUCGCUCUCUCAUCGAACCCAAGCACCCACCGCUCUUCAAGGAAAGAAAAAAUUGUCACUCGUCGGUUGCUGAUUCUGCUGGUCCUCCCUCCCUCCCUCCCUUUCAAUCUCAAACCUCAUCUCAACUCAGGCAUGGCUUUCUUUCCUGUUUUAGGAAGAGGAAUGAAUAGCAAGAUCCAAUCAGUUAUGGAAAAUCCAACAGACGGAAUGCCAUCCGCACCAACAGUUGGAUAUAGGUUUCGUCCAACGGACGAAGAGUUAAUUAGCAAUUACUUGAAGCCAAAAUUGCUCGGUGAUGACUUGGAAGACUUACUCAUCAUCGCAGAGGUCAGAGUCUGUAAACAUGAACCCUGGGAUCUACCUGUUAAAUCGGAAAUUAAGUCCGAUGAUGCAGUUUGGUAUUUCUUUUGCCCUCGCGAUUUAAAGUACUCAAACAGCAGACGCUCUAACCGGAGAACGAAAGCCGGAUUCUGGAAACCAACCGGCAAAACUAUUAAAGUAAAGGCUAAGCGUAACAAGGAGGUGAUUGGUACUAAGAGGACUUUGGUUUUCUAUAGAUCAGCUAGUCCUAAAGCCGAGAGGACUGCAUGGAUCAUUCAUGAAUACGAAGUGUUCGUAUCUGAUUCAAAGCUCUCUAAUCUGGGGGAAUAUGUUCUCUGUAAAUUGAAGAAAAAACUAGAUGAGAAAACCAGUAAAGGUGUACCAAAAAACCAUACCGCUUCUACCUCAGGUUUUGAAGCUGAACCAAGCUGCAGUAUGGCUUCUGAUUUUGAAAAUCCAAAUCGUAGUGAGUUGACAACGAAUUCUGCUUGUGUCGAAAGUAAAUCAAGCCACCGUCUGGCUUCUGAUUUUGAAAAACCAAACUCAAAUGAGCUGCCGACUAACUUAGCUCAGGAAGCGAGUGAGUCGAGCCACUUUUCGACUACUAAUAACCAAAACCCAAAUGAGCUGAUGUCUAAUUCGGCUUAUUAUGGAAAUGGUUUGCACCACUCCAUGGCUACUAAUUUUGGUAAUCCAAACUCAAAUGAGCUGAUAUCUAGUUCAUUCUAUGAUGGACGUGGUGUACUCCACUCCAUGACUUCAAAUUAUGAAAUUCAAUACCCAAAUGAGCUGAUUUCUAAUUCGGCUUAUGAUGGAAGUGGUGGUUUACUCCACUCCAUGACUUCAAAUUAUGAAAUUCAAUACCCAAAUGAGCUGAUAGUUAAUUCAGCUUAUAAUGUAAGUGAACAGAGCCACUAUAUGGCUUCUGAUUCUGAAAAUCAAAACCCAAUAGAGACGACUUAUGUGUCACCCUAUGAGUAUUGGUUGACGGCUUCUGAUUUCGAAGAUCCAUUAUCACCUCUUCAACCUGAAGGUGAAACCGGUCCUUCCAUGGAGAUGCCUUUUCAGUUUACAAAUUGCCUACUGGCUUCUGAUUUUGAAAAUCAAAAUAUAGACAAGGAAACAGAUAUAUCAGCCCCCGUUGAAGGUGAAAGGAGUUCUCCUACAGUAAUGCCUUUGGAUUUGGAAAAUCAAAAUCCUUGGGGGAAGAUUGAUAUGUCAACCCUUGAAGAAGGUGGUUUGUGUUGCUUGAUGGCUUCACCAGAAAGCAGUCCAGCAGAUGAUUCGUUUCUGCAGUUUCCACAGCUAAGCCCUGAACUGGCAUUGGCUGAGCUGGAAGCAUUCCUGGAGCUAGAGGACAGCCUUAACCCUCCGCCUCAGCCACCUGCAUCUACAAGCACCGAGGAAGUCCCUAAUUAUAAGGGCAUUGGUUCUGUGUCUUAUUGAACACACCUGUUAUUUCCUAUAUAUCUGCCCUAUUUGGGUAUUUAUAUAACACAAUAUUCAAACUGGAGUUACUAUGUGGCUAAUGUUGCCACCUUGUACCCCCAAAUCUGCUACCGAUACAACUUAUGCUGCUCUAGUUGUUCGAUUUCUUGCAUGGUAUCUGAUCUGCACAUUCACUUUCUGUAUAGUGGAUGCUACUGAGUUUGAUCAGUCCAUGCAGCCAGCUCCGGGCUGUUUAAAGCCCAUGCCUUCUAAAGUUUGCGGCUAUAUCCAAACAUUAAGAGGAAGAUUUUAUUACUAGUAGUAAAAGAUGCUUGGUUUUGUCCAAGAAUCCCGAUGCAUUUGCUGCUGUCCAGUUCUGGAUUUGUUAAAUAGAAAGUACCUUGUAAUUCCUAUAUUUAGUUGCUUGGGUUGUUUUAGCUACAUGUUACUUAGUGUGUGAAGGGGGAUUUGUAACAAGUGAAAACAGCUCGUAUGAGCUUUGUAUCUAUAUGUAUCAGCUUUGUUUCAAAGAUCAAUGAGCAAAGAGUACGUUCAAUGGAUA